UGUCGAGUAUUUCGAGUAAACCAUGUGUGACUGUCUUCCCUCCAGCCCCCUAUCCUUUACUGUCACAAAAUUUCGACAAUUAGGGUUUUGCAGAACCAAUCAGAGACCCCAGAGCCCACCACAUCCUUACUUUUACAUCCCAAAUUGUUUGAAGCUAUCAAAUUUCACAAAUUUAGACAUAACAGGUCUUAGAAAUGGUAGGUCUUUGGUCCUCUGCAGAAGAGCGAGCGAGAAUCCCUCAGAGGAUUUUGGGUUUGGCGCUGAAUUAGGGUUCAAGGAGAAAAGGGAAAACCUUUUCGACCUCGAAGCAAAACCAAGCGAUGCGGUAAAGAAAAAUGGGAUUGAUCCCAGUAAGGAAGGUAAUGCUUCAUUGGGUUCAGAUUUUCUGCAAUCGGAGGGUGGUCUGGGGGAUGAGAAGCAAAGUACAAAGACUGAUGAGAGCUUAGAAAAUGAGAAUUGGGUUCGAAUGGAGGGUGCAGAUGGUGAUGGGCUAGAAAAUGAGGAGGGGUUGAAGCACAUUGAUGGAAAAGUUGGGCUGAGAAAAGGGAGGCAGGUGAUGAGGAGGUCCAAUAUUCUUGCAAAGCAAGUGAUCAGCAUCCGAAGUGCUCUCAGCUUGGGAUUUGUUUCACAGCUUUGGGUCAACACCAACUCUUGGAUGGUAAUGUUUGUAGAAGUGAAGCGAAACUUGCUUUCUGGGGAAUCUGAACGUUUUCUCCUCGAUGAUAUUACUCAGGUUGGUGAUGUUGUGCUUGUGGAGGACGAGAGUGUGGUUGAGAAUGAAUUUAAAAUUGCUGGACUGGAAACAUUGGUAGGAUACCAAGUUGUAACACCGGGUCGACGAACUAUGGGGAAGGUUCGAGGAUACAGUUUUAACAUCAAUUCAGGGGCUGUGGAAUCACUUGAGCUUGAUUCAUUUGGGAUUUCCAUUAUCCCAUCAAGUUUGGUGAGUACUUAUGCUUUGUUUGUUGAAGAUGUGCUGGAAGUUGUAUCUGAUGCUGUCAUUGUGCAUGAAGCUGCAGCUUCGCACAUACACAGGCUGACCAAGGGUUUCUUGGACAGCCAAAAUGUUGCGACUUCCCUCGAUGAGCUUGACGAAUAUUCCGAUUUCGAAAGACCUGCACGAUCGGACAAGCAUACAAGAAGAAGCUUUGGCAACCAGAAGUUCAAUUCCAGGAAAAGCAAGACCAAUGAUGAUUGGGACCUCCCAAUGGAUUACUUCUAAUCCUGGCGGUUUUGUUACCUUAUUGUACAUAAUAUACAUAAGAUUGGCCUAGGUUUCACCAUUGUAAUGCAUUCAUAUGUAAAAUAUAAGCUUGAAAAUUGGGUGAAUAGAUUCCAACAUAAAUGUCAUGUUGCUUAAAUUGUCCAUA